CCCCGCGCGCCCCCCGCAGCCCGCGUGCCGGCGCCCGGCCGGGGCCCCCCGCUGACCAUGCCCGGGCGCCGGGGGGCGCUGCGCGAGCCGGGCGGCCGCGGGCCCUGCCUCGGGGCGGCGCUGGCCCUCCUGGUGCUGCUGCCCGCCGGCCGCCCGGCGCUCGCGCAGAACGACACGGAGCCCAUCGUGCUGGAGGGCAAGUGCCUGGUGGUGUGCGACUCGAGCCCGUCGGCGGACGGCGCGGUCACCUCGUCCCUGGGCAUCUCGGUGCGCUCCGGCAGCGCCAAGGUGGCCUUCUCCGCCACGCGCAGCACCAACCACGAGCCGUCCGAGAUGAGCAACCGCACCAUGACCAUCUACUUCGACCAGGUCCUGGUAAAUAUUGGCAACCAUUUCGAUCUUGCCUCCAGUAUAUUUGUAGCUCCGAGAAAAGGGAUUUAUAGUUUCAGCUUCCACGUGGUCAAAGUGUACAACCGACAGACCAUCCAGGUCAGUUUAAUGCAGAACGGCUACCCAGUGAUCUCAGCAUUUGCAGGGGACCAGGACGUUACCAGAGAAGCUGCCAGCAACGGCGUCCUGCUGCUGAUGGAAAGAGAGGACAAAGUGCACCUCAAGCUGGAGAGGGGCAAUCUCAUGGGGGGCUGGAAGUACUCCACGUUCUCCGGCUUCCUGGUUUUUCCGCUAUAGACACAGAGCCCAGGAUGGUGGGCAUGUUGCAAUCUGGACCCAGGAAUCCACCCUUCCUCACAUCCUGAACUUACCAGAAUAGGACACCUUGUUUCCAGCCUCUGUCGGACUGUUACUGUAGAAGAAUGAUUUCCUUCUAAACCUCCAGUAUUUUCUUUGAAUACUGACCAUUCCUCGGGAACCUGGCCUCUAAUUAGUUUUAGGCAACAAGGUCUUAAGGAGAAAUGAAAUGAUUGAUUUGAGCAAUUUGUACCUGUGAUCGUAAAGUCAAUCUUGGAUUUUAUUGUUGGGACAUUGGCUUUUCUUCUCUUGUUUGUACGUUGUAUCGUUGCCCCCUCAGUGCGAGGAGGGCCGCUGACCCCAGGAUGGACGGCAGGUUGCAGGCAGGGCUCAAAGCAAGGAGCCUGCAGAUCACCACCCGUCGGACAGUCCUUGAAAUGUGUUCUUUGUGUGUCUGUUCAGCCUUAAGAAAAGAGAAUGGCUUCACUUUCUUUCUGUAUUUUUCCCCUGGGUGGAUGGGAGGACUCGCGAGGGGAAGGGACAUUGUGAACCUGUCAGGAAGUGCUUUAUCCGGAAAAGCAAAUUUUGCACGAUUGGACUGCAAAUUCUGUUUUGUAUUGUUUGUGUGUGUUUUUUUCCCCUCAAAAGCUUUAUUUUUUUCCCACACUCAGCUCUCUCUCCUCACCCCUACUUUUACUUUUUGUGCUGGGUCAGGGAGAGAAAAUAUAUGUUAAAUUCCUAGAUGAGACCAAGCAAAACAAAACAAAGAAAAAUACCUGUGUAUUUUGUUUUCAUGAGACCCAACGAAACAAAAGGUAGCUGUCAACAAACAAAAGGAAGGUGGCAAAUGGACGAUUCUGCCUAUUCUCUCAAAGAGAUGCUCUCAGACGCACCUGCAGAGCUAACAACCUGGAUCUGGUUUUCUUUAACGUGCGCUCUGGAAUACUUCCAGAACCUGGUGCUGCUGGGCGUCCUGAAUGGGGUAAGGUGAGGACGGUGGGUGAUGAGCGCAUCUCCUCAGCCCUCGGUCUCUGUGCUGAGGGUGCCUGGAUCUCCCCAGCAGCAGGUCCCAUUUACCUGGAUCCAUCUCUGCGUGAACACAUCAGGAUGAGGUGCUCAAAGGCACCAGCAAGAGCCACCCUCCCUCAAGACCCUCUGCUGACCUGCCGAGGAAUGAGCUGGCCCUCCCCUGGGAGCACCUGGCGGGAAGCCACCUGGCAGUCACAGUGGUUGGAAGUACUGGAAGCAGCGCGCUAGCAGGCGUGUCAGAAAUCCUUGCUCUGCCACCUUGUACAACAAUAUUAUUAAUAUACAGCUGAGAGUGGACGGGGGCAGGAUUCGUAUGCCAAGGAAAUGUCACUGAUCCCAAAGCAAUCAAAGAAGAGACCUCAAACUGGAUGCUAAUUUGUCCUUUGUGUAACAAUGUAACCAAAUAUUGAUGAUAAAAGUCAUAAUUUAAGAUUCAGAAUAAAUGGGUUUGAUGUCUG